AUGGCGGCAGCAAGAGUGCAGCCUCCGCUCAACCCACGAGCGGCGUCGCCUUCCACGGCAGUCCCCGCCUCCAACACUCAAAGCCUACAGAGCACGCCCAUCCACAGUUCCACCCCUUCCGUCCGCGCACUGUUCCUCCGCGCCGUGGACCCCUCCCGUCCUGCCUCCUGGUCCGCCGCCGUCGCCGACCUCCUUGCUUCCGGAGACGCCGUCGCCGCUCUGGCCACCUUUGCCGCCGCUCUCCGCGCUAACCCGGCCGCGCUCCUCCCGGCCCUUCCCCCCGCCUUCCGCGCAGCUGCCGCCGCCACCUCCCUCGCCGCCGGCCGCCAGCUACACCUCCUUGCCCUCCGUUCCGGCCUCUUUCCCUCUGACCCCUUCUCCGCCUCCGCUCUUCUCCACAUGUACAACCACUGCUGCCGCCCGCUCGACGCCCGUAAGGCGUUCGAUGAAAUUCCCAGCCCCAACCCCGUCAUUAUCACGGCCAUGUGCUCUGGCUACCUGCGAAACAAUCUAGUCUACCCCUCGCUUUCUCUCUUCCGCGACUUGCUCGCGUCUGGUUCUGCCAUGGCGGUGGACGAGGCGGCUGUGCUUGUGGCGUUCUCCUCGUCGGCCCGUGUCCCUGUCCGCGGAAUUACUGCUAGCCUUCAUGCGCUUAUUGUGAAGAUUGGCUUGGACGUGGAUGCUGGGGUGGUCAACACGAUGUUAGACGCUUAUGCCAAAGGCGGUGGUCGUGACCUGCCGGUUGCGAGGAAGGUGUUUGAUACCAUGGAGAAGGAUGUGGUGUCCUGGAAUACGAUGAUUGCGCUGUAUGCUCAGAAUGGGUUGUCGGCGGAGGCCCUGGAGCUGUAUGGCAAGAUGCUGAAUGUUGGUGGAGGCAUUAGGUACAAUGCUGUGACGUUCUCUGCUGUGUUACUGGCUUGCGCACAUGCUGGGACGAUACAGACUGGAAAACGCAUUCAUAAUCAGGUGGUAAGAAUGGGUUUGGAGGAAAAUACCUAUGUUGGAACUUCUGUAGUUGAUAUGUACAGCAAGUGCGGAAGAGUGGAAAUGGCAAGAAAGGCUUUCGGCAAAAUUAAGCAGAAGAAUGUCCUGUCAUGGUCUGCCAUGAUUACUGGUUAUGGUAUGCAUGGUCAUGGACAAGACGCCCUUGAAGUUUUCAAUGAGAUGUGCAGAUCGGGGCAAAACCCUAACUACAUAACUUUUAUCUCCGUUUUAGCUGCUUGCAGUCAUGCUGGUCUUUUAGAUAUGGGCCGUUAUUGGUACAAAACCAUGAGGAAUAAGUUUGGGAUUGAACCUGGAGUGGAACACUACGGAUGCAUGGUGGAUCUUCUUGGCCGUGCCGGUUGUCUUGAUGAGGCUUAUGGCCUCAUUAAAGAAAUGAAGGUUAAACCUGAUGCUGCUAUCUGGGGAGCUCUUCUUAGUGCAUGCCGAGUCCAGAAAAAUGUUGAGCUGGCAGAAAUUUCUGCGAAAAGAUUGUUUGAGUUAGAUGCGACCAACAGUGGGUACUAUGUUUUAUUGUCCAAUAUAUAUGCAGAAGCUGGAAUGUGGACAGAUGUGGAGAGAAUGAGAGUUCUGGUUAAAACAAGAGGAAUAGAAAAACCUCCAGGGUAUAGCUCAGUUGAAUUGAAAGGUAAAACCCAUGUGUUUUAUGUUGGCGACACGAGUCAUCCUCAGCACAAGGAGAUCUAUUCUUAUCUGGGGAAACUGCUUGAGAUAGCGCAAAAAGCAGGCUAUGUACCAAACACGGGUUCUGUUCAUCAUGAUUUGGAUGAAGAGGAGAAAGAAUCUGCGUUGCGCAUCCACAGUGAAAAGCUUGCUGUUGCUUUUGCUCUGAUGAACUCUGUCCCGGGUUCAGUAAUCCAUGUGAUAAAGAAUCUCCGGGUCUGUACUGAUUGCCAUGCAGUAAUCAAGUUUAUUUCCAAGUCCGCUGAACGAGAAAUUAUUGUUAGAGAUUUACAGCGCUUUCAUCAUUUUAAGGAUGGAUCAUGCUCUUGUGGAGAUUAUUGGUGA